AUGAUGGACCUAGAAACAGUUGCUGUACAUGAAAUUGGUCAUCUGUUAGGGCUUUAUGGUGAUGUUCAAGGUUUUGCCGUAGGCAUAACUAGGUUUAACAAUCUCCCGAAAGAGAUCACACAAGACAUAUUAACUAGGUUACCUACAGAAUCUGUCCUGGACUGCAAACUGGUGUGCAAACCAUGGAGGGAUCUUAUUCGUCUUCCAUCAUUCUCUCGAUUGCACUUAACGCAUCUUAAUUCAGCUGCUAAUGAUUCUGAGAGUACAUUAUGCUUCCAAGAUCUAAAGGAUUGUACUGGUGGAAUGGAUUUGGAUACAUUCAUUCAACCAACGAGUACAAGGUUGUUUAGAUACGUGAGUUUGGGGGAGACUCAAAUGUUGGAAGUGUUCAGGUGUACACUAUUGGCAGUGGUACUGGAUGGAGAACUGCGGAAACUAUUGACGUCAAUAUGA